UUUUUUUUGUUUGUUUGUUUUAUUUCAGCGUAUAAAACUUAGAAGUAGGCAGAUGCAGUAUUUUGUUUGUAUUUUCUAUAUGAAUCCUUUCUAAAUUUUGUUUCCUCUGCUAGGUCUUUAUGCUCUUUAGUGUUUAUAGACAGCUCUAAUGUUGCAUUAGGUUAGUUGCUCAGUUCAGUGUUGCACUGAGUGGAUAAUGUCUUUCAGAGCUUAGUUUUAAAGGAGUUUGCUACUACACAGUGAAAUUCUAAAAGAGCUGGGGCUGAUUAUUUUUUUUCGUGAUUUGAUAGCCAUUGUGUUGUUUUCUGAGAGCUCUGAAUUAGAAAUGAGAGUUCAAACUUAACUGCUAAAAACACUAAUUGCUGUAAUUAGUUCCUUCUAAAAGUCAUCUAGAAAAACUAGGAGUUCAAGCUAUGAUUAAAAUGUGGAUAUAUAAGGACAAGAUGAUAUAAAUCCUGAAAUCUGCAGGUGGUUUGGAAAGUCCAAUGUUGGAAAAACCUUGCCCUUAGCAAUUUAGAUUACAGAGCAACAAGGAAGUGAGGAACUAAGGGUACUUAAUGCCACUGAAAUUGAGCAAAAUGGCUGUUCUAUCAUUUGUUUGAAGAUGUAAUGGGGAUUGUAAUGAAUUAUUCUACGUUGUGAUGGAAGCUUUAUGAAAAUGUGUAUGUCCUUUUAAAACUUAGGUAUUUCAACAGUGGGUUUACAGGUAGGUCUUUCUGAGACAUGAGCUUUCACUAUUAAUUUUCUAAAAUAUUGGAUUGGCAGGAAACAAAAAAAUAGCUUAUUCUUAGGUCUGUUAUUGGAGUCCCAUGGGAUUCAAACAAAUAAUUUGAUUGUCUGAUAAAAAGGUAACAGCUUUGCUUACAUUACAGCAAUAGUAAAAAUGCAAAGCUGUACCAAUGUUUUGCCUGUGUAGUGUUGAACACCCAGCUCUGUUUGUUAACUGAUGAGACUGUGCUGUCCAGCACAGAUAGCAUCUGCAUUAAUCCCUUGGACAAGCCAUUUUUUUCUUUGUAUGAAUUUAAGUUUGUUGUCUGGCCUGUGUUAUUUGGGAAUCUUUAUUUUAAGAGUUGUGAAAAUUGGUAAUAAAAUUAGCUGAAUGGUUAUAAGUCAGGCUUGUGUUCUGCUCCUAAAAACGUCUGCCUGCAUGCUAGCACUUCCUUUUUGGGGAGAGUAGCUGAAAAUAAGAUUUGCUUUACUGUCUGCAAAGACAAUGUUGUGUGGUUGUGCCUGUACUAAUCCUGGAGCUAGAAGAAAGCAGUAGAGAGCAAAUUGACAUGGCUGCUUGUGAUUUGUGUUGGGCCCAGAAGUGUUUUAAUGUUAUAAUUAACUAGUUCACAUGGCUUCAUACUUGAGCUAACAGGUUCUCCUGGGAGACUUUGAGAAGCCCAAGAGAGGUCUUCUAGUUUAGCCUUUCCCUGCAUGGAUGCAGUUGUCUACUUCUGGAUUAACAGUCUUUGUGUAUUGUGCUGUGCUUGACUCAGGUGCUGACUAGGAAGGGAUCUUUGCACCGUACUCCCCUUUGUGUUACUAACCGUCAUUCACUCUUCUUGCUAAGAAAUGCCAGAGCAUUUGUUUACUUUACUGUGAUCUUGAGAGGUAGCACAUUAGGUUAUAUCUGUGCAUAAUGCCCCACUAUAGCAUGGUGGUUGUUUCAGCGUAGUAAUUAAAAAUAAUGAAAGGAGAGUGGUGUUAAGUAGAGGCUGGAUCUAGCUAGCUCUUUUGAAGGUGAGAGAAUCCAAAUAUAUUACGUCUACCUUCAUGAAAAUUCCUCUUCUGCAGUCAUGCUUAACUCUGGGUUGUUUGUAUUUUGGAGUUUUGCUGUGAUAGACUGAUAAAGCUUGUUGUUGUGUUUUGUAUGUUUUGACAAGUAAGCCAAUAAAACAGUAUGAGGAUAACUGGAUUUGGGGUAGAAUGGCAUGUUUCUGCUAUUGUUUUCUAAAAAGAUUUUAACAUGAUCUAAAUAGUGAAUUAAUUUAAAUAACUAAAUGUUUUUGCAAGGCCGGGGGAAGAGUCUUCAGUGUAAUGGCAAAAAAAAAGGAUCAGACCUUAAAUUUAAUCUUUUCACUGUAAGGUCUGAGGCAAAGAAUUACAGUACAGGGUUCAUAUCCCAGAAUAUGUUUAUAGAGCUAUGUGGGUAAGUGAUGGUGGGCCUUUGCCCAGAAGGAUGGAGAAGCAGAGCAAUUUCUGUUCUUGCAAAGGCUUUCUGAUGUGUACAGUGAUUACUGGCAGUUCGCAGUAAAGCUGUUAAGAACGAGUCUUCUAAAAAAUCUGCAUGUGAAGUUUCCUGUUUAUAAAAAAUUUCAGUUGUAUACCUGUCCAUUAUACACGCAUAUGUUUUACAGUAACAUGCCUGUAUGUUGGGAGCUUUUCAGAUAUUCAAGACAGGUUAGCAUUCUAGGGAGCUUCUAAAUAACAGGCAGACAAGUUUAGGGGAAGAGGUUGUUUUUCCCCUACCCCCUUUUGAUUCACAUUCUGUAUUGGCAGAUGCAAGCUGUUGUAAGUAGUGAGUAUUAGAACAGCUGAGGAUUGAAGGUGAGAGCAGUGGCAGAACGGUAGCGCGCAAUGAUGUGCUGAGUGAGAAGAUGUACCUGUGUGUGUGUACAUAUCUUAAUGCAUCUGUACAGGAAAACACAGUUCUGAGAACAGUUUACUAUGAAAGUACUGUGACACAUGUGAGACUUUUGGUUGCUAUUUAGUUCCUUUAAAUUAGAUUCUAGGCAACUUGCUCCAAGUAACACUUUUGUACAGCUAAUUUCCAAGCAUAAAACUUGCUAUGGGGGAAAUAGUUUUUAAUAAUGCAUUUAAGAAUUCAUUAUGUUAAUACAGGUACAGUGAAAGAGUCUGGUGAGAAACAUAAGGGAUCUGUUGAAAUUCCUAACCUGUCAGAAGAAAAUGAGGUAGAUGAUACAGAGAUCAAUGUUAGCAAAAAGAAAGGGGAAGGUGAUGUUCUGAAGGACCUUAUGAGAACUGAAGGAACAACAAAAGUCAGAGAGGCCCUGAGAGAUUAUCUGAAAGCACUUAAAACAGAGUUUACCUUGGGAAUGAUUCUGCCAACAAAAGCAACUGUUGGUCAGGAGCUGGCCACUGAACGAAAACUAAGUGGGAACACCAUGCAAGAUUCUGUUUCACCACAGUCUUUGGAUAUAGUUGGUGUAAAAAUUCCAACAGUGAAGAUACUGAUGAGAGAAAUCUUCAACUCUCCAGCAGAUGAACUUUACAGCAUCUUCACAACUAAGGAAUUGGUACAGAAGUUUUCUAAAUGUUCUGCUGUGAUUGAAGCCGAGAAAGGAGGCAAACUUCAGAUGUUCGAUGGCUGUGUCAGCGGUGAAUACACAGAAUUGGUCCCAAGCCAAAGAAUUGUCCUGAAGUGGAGGUGUCAAAGCUGGCCUGAUGAACAUUAUGCAACGGUUGCCUUGAAUUUCAAGGAUAUGGCUGCUCAAACGGAACUGCAGUUAGAGUGCAAAGGAGUUCCUGUCUCUAAUGAAGAUAGUACAAGACAAUGUUGGAAGAAGCAGUAUUUUGAAGAAAUACGUAUUUUACUGCAGCAAUCCAAAGACACCAUGGAAUGAUAACAGCACUGUAGUUUUGUUAGGGCAUUACUUUUUAUACAUUGUUAACAUUUGGUUUUUUAAAAAAAGUAAUUUAUUUGGGGGAAGAAUAAAGACCCACUUCUAUGAUACUGUA